AUGGCUCCUUCAAACAAGGAAAGUGACGGAGUUGAGUUUGGCCAUUGGAAAAUAAUUGAAACAAACGAGGUGUUAAUGUAUUCAAGAUCUCAUAGGGAAGAAGAGUUGAUCCUGCUUGGGAUUAGUCUUAUUUUCCAUACCCUUCUUCAGCUUGCACUGAUUUUGUUGUCCUGUCAGUUAGAAGAUAACCAGAUCACUCCUUCCUGCUGUUCAGCCCCUGGGAUCCCAGGAGUUCCAGGCACUCAUGGAAAUGUGGGAAUUCCUGGGAGGGAUGGACGGGAUGGAAGAGAUGGUGCCGCAGGGGCAAAUGGAUCCAAAGGCGACACAGGAGACCCAGGUGCUGCAGGUGUUCAAGGUUUUCCAGGUAGCACAGGAACCCCUGGCUUGCGAGGUGAGAGGGGGCCACAGGGGGAGUGUGCAGUAACCCCUCGCUCUGCCUUCAGUGCCAAGUUGUCAGGGUCCCGCAGCCCCCCUAUCCCAGGCCAGCCAGUUCCCUUUGGAAAAGUUUUGGCCAAUGAACAGGGACAUUACAAGCCAGAGACAGGCCGCUUCCGCUGUGUUGUGCCAGGUCUCUACUACUUUUCCCUCCAUGGCACAGUCUACAGAGGAUCCCUGCAUUUGCAGCUAAUGAAAAAUGGACAUCCUCAGGCCUCUUUCUUUCAAUCUGGUGAUACUGCAAAACCAGGGGGCUUGUGUGGUGGGAUUGCCCUUCACCUGGAACCUGAUGAUGAAGUGUGGGUGCAGCUGGGAGAUUAUCCAGGAUUGUAUGCCAGUGAGGGGACUGACAGUGUAUUUACAGGAUUCCUCAUAUACUCUGACUGGGACCCCCACCCAGUGUUCAGCCCUCUGACACCUCCUGAUCCGUGAUUUAUGACUUAGACACAAUGUAAAUAUCUUACCAAAUCUGAAUUUAGCAGCUGUAGGAUAACAAACCAACCUUCUUAGCCAUGUACUGCCCAGUUCUCUGUUGUAAUUUUCUAUUUAAUAGGACAUACAAAUUCUUAAAUGGCAAUGAGUAAAUAUUUCUUUAAAGAGACUUAAAGGGCCAUUAUAGUGAAAUAAAUUACAUGCAGGUUCAUAUAACUAGUACUGCUGAUUGGAUCAGUAACAGUUCCACUCCAUACCAGCAGUUCUCUUAGACUCCUGAGCAGUACUUUGUAGGGUUAUUAGUGAUAAAAGUAUAUGCUCUAAUGAAUGAGAGUGUAUAUGCUUUUUACUAUAAUGGCCCUUUAAAAGUUGCAUGUAUUAUGCAUGGUAUUUCAGGGUCCAUUUUAUAAAAGAAAAUAUUAUUACACUUUAAAGCCAGAUGUGCGAUUGCAUCUACAACGUCAUUAGUUUCAUUUCAUUAAACUGUACAUUUUAUAGCAUAUAUUAAACAUGACAGACAGUAGAUACAGGCCGUGAUGAUCAAAAGUGCCACAAGGCAGGUGUUUUACCAUAUAUUUCAGUGGGUGGCGAUACUGCUGCUCUGAUACUGGCGAUAUAUUCAGAGCAGCAUCGCUGUAAUGUAAAUGAUCCCUUUACACACUACUGUAUGACAAUACAAUUUACAUUUGUCAGCAGAAAUUCAACCCCCGGUUCUUACAAUACAAUAGUGACUUAAACAUAUUAAUAAUACACCUAUAGAAGCUGGGGAUUGUGGGUAUAUGAAAUAUGUAUACAGGUAUACAUCGCUUAAUGUAUAUAUACAGUGACGUAUUUAGGUUUUGUCCUGCCCUAGGCAUUCAAAAUUUUAAAGUGCAUAACGGCUCAUUUCAAAAGCAGUUAUUUUGCUUCUUAAUGUGGCUGGGCAGUGGGGCAGUAUAUGAGGCGUGCAAAUUGAGCUUAUUAAAAAAAACUGCUUUUAAAAUGAAUGCAUUAAAAUUAGUUCAAGACUUAGUUCUUAAUCUAAUGCCGCCCUCCUCCUCUGCUAUUUUAUUGCCUACAGGCUACACUGUACACACAGUGUGUGUAACUGUAGGCAAUAAAAUAGCAGAGGAGGAGGGUGGCAUUAGAUUAAGCCACACUGACUGUACACAGCUACUGCCCUACCUGAGAUAAGUCAGACUCAGCCAGGUUAGCCCACUCCAGUCCUCAGGCUCCGCUCCACCAAUCACACUCAACUCCACUUCUCUUCUUCUAAGUUCUUCUUGCGGGGUGCCAACAGACAGGAAGGCGGGCAACUGAUCAAAAACGUCACGUGACCUCGGUGAAAAGCCGGUCACGUGACCGCGGCCCUGUCAAAAUUAAAAAAUGUUUUUUUAAAUCCUGGCCACAUAUUCAGUGCAACGGAAAAGUGCCGCCCCCAAAAUUUGACGUUCUAGGCACCGGCCUUGUUGGCCAAUGCAUUAAUUUGCCCCGAUAUAUAUUGUAUAGUAUAAUGUUAGGAUAUGUAUGUAAACUGUAAAUGUGAUUGUACUAAUCUUCUAUUGUGUCCUGAGGUGCUCUUUUUUGCUAAGAUUGCUAUUGCACGUUCUCAAUAUUCAAAUUUUAGAAUAUUACGAUCGCGAUGUUGCAUUUGCAAUAUUCAUAUUUCACAAUAUUGCGAUUAUGCGAUCGUGUUUUACUUAUAUUAUUGUAAUCGCACUGUAGCAAACAUGUUCUAUAUUAAUAUAUAUCUAUAGAUAUACAAAUAUUAAUAUAGAACACGUUUGCUACAGUGUGAUCGCAACAUUAUAAAUCAUGAUUGCGCAAUCAUGAGGGCAAUAUUGUGAAAUAUUGCUUUUUCUCAAUAUAAUGGAAAUAUGAAUAUUGCAACGGCGAUUGCUCUUUCUUAAUAUAUAUUCUAACAUUAUACUUUACAAUCCCUAUAGUUUUAAUAGGAAGCUGUUGUUUUUUUGUCUUUAUUAACAAAGUCAAUCACAGACAUGAAGAAAAUAUAGACAUUCCGUGCGAGUUUCAAGGGCGUUCCAUGGUAGUAACCUAUAUUUUAAUCGGGAAACAUUGCUGUGGGUUUCUAAUAUUCAAAGCAUUCCCCUCCAUCUUAGCUUUACCUUUUCAGUCAUAUCAGUCUUACCUGCUUUUUAGUGGCGAUAUUUCCCAGUGUGACAAAUCUAGUGAAUAUACAGUGAAAAUAAAUAUACAUAUGCAUAAUUUGAAGUGUUACUACGCAAAAAAUAUUAUUUAUUUUCGUGAACACACAGUCUAUUUUGAAUAAACACACUUUAUAGAUAGCCCGCAGCUCUGUGGCGAUAUCAGCAGACUUUUGCUGAAGUUGCAAUUCCCAUUAUAUCCUAUGGGAGGCACAUCACCACUUAUCAGCACAACAAGGUUCAGACCACUUUUUUUUUUAGAUAUUUUGAAUAUUGGGGCCACAGUUUUAAAGGGAAUAUAAAGUCAAAAUAGAGUCCAAUAUUGAUUCUAAUAAAUGCUAUAGCUGUUUCAAAAGUGUUUUCAAGUAUGUACCGUGCGCCAGCAUGUUAAACACACCACUUGCUCAGACAGCCUAAAUUGCUUGUACUGUCUAGUAAUUAAUCAGUUUGUUAAUUGCUGACAUGAUACAUGCCCCACUGGCAUUCUGAGUAACUGCAGUAUUUAAAAUGCUGGUGUUCUAAGAAUAUCUAGCUAUGCUUCACAUGCAUGUGCAGAGAAAAAUGUUAACAGUAGAAGAGUGAUAACUUUUACUAGAAGCAUUUUUGCCAAUACAUGUAUAUUGGCAAAUAUGUUUCUAUUCAAAGAUCUAAUUCUUCUAGAUGCAUUUAAAUUUUGACCAGAAUGUCCCUUUAACUUUGUUAUCGUGGUAUCCUUUAUUAAAGAGCAUACUUAAGUAGGAUUGAGAGUGUGCUCAUCUUAAGAACUAUAUGCAGUGUUUGCAACAAUAUCUGUAACAAUGUUAUACAUUGUUGCAAACACUGCUGCCUUCUAUUGCACAACAAUGUGUAACAUUGUUAAAAACAUUAUUACAAACAUGUGCACAAUCCUGAACCUGUUUGGGUAUACUCUUCACUAAAGGAUAGAAAGAGCACAAAGCAAAUUUGGUAAUAGAAGUAAACUGUAAAAUAGUUUAGCUCUUUAAUUGCUGAGCCAUUUCCACCCUGUGCUGAGCUGUUCUUGAGUUUUUAGAUGCUACUCACAUUUAAGCCCCACUGUAGGUCAUUUUUAGUGAGAAACCCACACCUAUUAUAUAUUGGGUUUUUUUAGCAGACCCAGCAGAUUCACAAUAUAUUAUUAUUUUAUAUAUAUAUCAUGACAAGUGAGAACUCUGCAACACAAUGUGUAAAACAAAUGUAUUUUUUUUAUCAAAAUAUUAAUAAAUAAGGUUGUACAAAAA